AUGGCAUCAAGGCAGAGCUUCGAGCUGGGCGAGCUGCUCACGAACGCAAAGGGAGGCAAGUACCUGCCGCUCAAGGCGGCGGACGGAGUCGUGCCCGCGUGGAGCAGCCCCGCCUGGCUGCGCAUCCUGUGGCACCCCACCGCCUUCGGCGACGCCGACGCCCGCCGCGUGAACGUCUGCUUCGAGCCGGAUGAGUCCGUCGUGCUGCUCUUCGAGGUUGUGGAAAAGGAGCUGGCGUCCUUGCUCGUGGCCAAAUCGGGCAGGGACCCCAAAGUGUUCGGCCGCAGCCUCUCACCCUCCGACCUGGAGGCGCGGCUGCAGUCCUGCCUCAAGACCAGCCAGCGGGGCACCUCCAUCCAGAAGGCCAAGCUCAACUGGGACAGGGGGCGCUUCUGGGACACGGAAGGAUACCCGCUACAGGAGCCGGGCGACCUCGCCGGCCGCAGCGCCAGGGUGCGCCUCGAGCUGCGCCAGGUCUGGGUGAUGAACCCCCAGUGCGGCCUGCUGUUGGAGGUCACCGACCUGCAGCUGCAAAAAAAACGAGCCGGCCAAGGAAUGAGUUGGGCGCAACAGCGCGAGCAGAUCCGCCGCGCGGCCGAAGCCGGGGUCAGGCCAAGGGCCUCGGCGCUAGGCUCCCAGAUUCUGCCCCUCCGCGGGCGCCCAAACGGCGCCCUGACGCGAGCCGGGCAGCUGUACUACCAACUUGCAGGCCGCCGGCCGCCGAGCCGUCAGUUCGACGAGUCGCAGCCGCUGAUCCGCGAGGGCGCCUCCGAUUACAUCCUGCUGCGCAGCGGCGUGAAGAAGCUAGCGCGCACAUUGGCGCCGGACGGCAACUACCACCUUACGAAGCUGGGCAAGGCCUUCUUCAAGGAGAAGUACACGGAGUGGCUGGCCCACGUGCCGGUGCGGAUCCGCGGCCGCCGCAAGAACGGCCGGGCCUACGAGCGGCUGGAUUACCUGCCCAUGACCUCGCUGAACGACGACGUGAUCAUGGAGCUCUCGGAGGAGGUCUACCACCUCGACGGGUCGCGGGAGUGGACGCUGAGCUCGCAGACCACGCAGCACGUCGACAACCGCACGCUGGUGGAAACGAGCCUGCGGCAGCCGCUCGGUGCCCUGCGCGAGGUCUCUUACCAGCUCUUCAAGGGCGACGAGAUCCUGGCCUCGGCCUUCGAGCAGCGGGACGACCAGCUCUGCGCGGCCCGGCAGCUAGCGGAGCUGCUGCGGCUGCCGCUGGAGGAGGUGCUCUCCGACUUCGACACCAUCUGCGACCGCGGCUGGCAGGAGCGGGGCAUCACGCCCGAGGAGAUCCGCAAGUUCUGCGUCUGGCGGGGCGCGCCGAUGCUCUUCGUGAACUGCCAGGGUCAGCUCCUGGACUCUUACCAGCCGGCCGUGAAGGAGGCGCGUGCCGUGGCCUUCACGGCCUGGCAGGGGCACGCGUUCUUCUACAAGAACGCCCGUAGCGUCUUCCAGUGCGACGACGCGGAGCGCUUGCGGCCCCGCUUCCGGUCGGAGCGCCGGGAGUCCACAGUGCCCGAGUUCGGCGCAUGGCGAGAGUGGGACGGCGAGCUCCGCGCAGGUCACUUCUGGACGCGGGACCUGCGGCAGGCGCGGGGCGCGCUGCUGGUCGCGGGGCACUGCCCCAGGGUGGCCAUGCGCAGCCUCUGCGAGUGGCGCAGCCUGCGACUGCGGGCGGGCGAGGCGGACUGCGUCAUCUGCGAGCUGCCCGACGAUGCCGAGAUGCUGCAGGCGUGGAUGGAGCGCUUCGGGCUGAAGUACCGCGGCCAGAGGCUGGCCGGCGCCACCAACGAGGUCUUCUUGCACCUGCUCCGGGCGCAGCGCGAGGUGCCGCAGCAGCGGGAGCAGAUCCUGGCCUCCCAGGGCGGUGCCUGCAAACUGUGCGGCGCGCCCAUCGCCCUCGGCACCUGCGAGUUCGACCACGUGGUGCCGGUGAGCACCGCCUUCCGCGGGCAGAUCCAGGAGUUCCAGGCGCUCUGCCACGAGUGCCACCGGCUCAAGACCAGCCUGGAAAACUCGCAAGCGACUGCGCUGGAGAGCCGCUUCAGCCCCGCGGCGUGCGAGGCCUAUGUGAAUUCGCCGAGGCUGCCCCCGCUGGUCUGCGGGCUGCAGAAGUGGAACGAGGACCGGGUCUGCUGGGGCGUGGACGUGGAGGCGCGGGAGGGCUGCCUGGCGGACUUGACCUAUGUCAAGCUGCGGAAGGACGGGCGCGUGGCUUUGCUGAGCCGGCUGCCGUACGUGGGCGAGGGCUGGUACGCCAAGCCGGCGUGCGCCCACAUGCUGGAGGCCGGCGUUGCGACGUGGCAGGACUUCCUCUGGAGCCUGGACGCCACCGCGCACGUGGUCCCGAGCUGCCUUGCCUGGGCGCUUCGCAAGAUGGAGCAGGCCUGGCCCGAGGAGCACCUGGCCAAGCUGAGCGUCAACGCUCUGAUCGGCCUGUGGGCGCGCAACGUGGACCUCAUCUACCUGAUGCGCACCUCGAACAACCAGCUCGAUGGCCACGGUUGCCAGUACCGGCAGACCUUCGUGGAUGCGGCCGGCAAAACGCACUGGGACCACAUCUUCGUGACGCAGCUCUUCAGCAACGCCUCGCAUCGGCCCGCUUGGGACUUCGUCAUGGCGGCGGAGUACUGCGCCGUGGCCCGGAUUCGACAGAUGCUGGCGGAGGUGCCGAUGCGCUACCUCAAGUUCCUGAAAACCGACUGCCUGGGCUUGCAGGACCUGCCCAAGAAGUACUGGCCUGCGGUGGAGCGGCUCACGCGCCUGCGCCACCCCGACGGCACGCCGGUCUACAGGUGCGAGCAGGUCGAGCAGCUGCGCGGGCGCCACUUCGAGCCGGAGAUCCAGGCUGGGCCGCCGCAGCGCCGCGGCUGGGAGCAAGUGGACGACCCGCUGGCCCACUGUCUGCAGGGUCGCAGCCUGCUGCUCACCGGGCUGCGGCGCACGGGGAAGACGCACCUCGCGAGGCGCAUCGUGGAGCAGCUGCGGGAGGCCGGUGACGUGGUGCAGCUGGUCUCGAAGACCCACUGCGCGGCGCAGAACUUGGGUUUGGGGGCUCAGACUGCCGACCACUGGGUGCGUCGCACGGUGCGCAACGGCCGCUGCCAGCUCGACUGGCUGGUGAUCGAGGAAGUCACGCAGAUGGACACGGGGCUCUGGGCCGACGUGGCCUGCGUGGCGCUGGAUCGCGGCGUGAGCUUCCUGCUCAUGGGCGAUUUCCGGCAGCUGCCGGCGGUGCUCGACAGCUUUGCCGGGGCCCGCGUGGAGCGGCCGCUGAAGGACAGCGACCUGCUGCGGGACCUGGCGGGCGGCUGCUGCCACGAGCUCACGGAGAACCGCCGCUCGGACGAGCGCAUCUUCCGGUUCAUCAGCUGGCUUCGGGUGGGCGAGCCCGAGGAGGUGGCCCUGGCCGAGGCCGUGAGGGUGGUGCGCCGCGAGUUCCCGCGGCCGCCGGGCGCGCACCCCGACGUGUGCCUGGUGCUCUCGCACGCGCACCGCGUACAGGUCAACGAGCGGGAGAACAGGCGCCUGGCGCCCGCGGACGCCGUGGUGAUCGAGCACCAGGCGCCGGGCGCGCCCACGACCAACGCCCCGCAGUCGAUGCGAGUUUGGCCCGGGCUGCGGCUGGUGGGCGCCGGCGGCAAGGUGGCCAAGGGCACCUUCGUGCGGGUGGCCGAAGUGGGCGCGGAGCGCGUCGCGCUGGACGGCGGGCAGCAGUUCACCCACGCGGAGCUGCUGCGGCACACGCGGCUGUGCCACGCCAUUACCUACGCGAGCUGCCAGGGGCUGACGCUCCGCGGCCGGGUGUGGCUGUUGGACGCGUGCACGCAGCACUUCAACCUGCGGCACCUCUACGUCGGGGCCAGCAGGGCGACCAGCUCGGAGCUGCUGAGCGUGCGUGCCAAAAUUCCGGCACGCUUGGCACGCUCGCACGCGGCCGCGGGUGACGUGCCAAAAAUUCCGGGCACGCUUGGCACGCUGGUGCGCGGCGUGCCAAAAAUGCCUGGCACGGUUGGCACGCUGGCACGCGACCGCGGCACGGUUGGCGCGCUGGCGCGCGGCCGUGGGGAGGCGUGCCAAAAAUGCUUGGCACGGUUGGCACGCUGGCACGCGGCCGCGGGGAGGUGUGCCAAAAAUUCUGGCACGGUUGGCACGCCGGCCGCAGGGAGGUGUGCCAAAAAUUCUGGCACGGUUGGCACGCUGGCACGCGGCCGCGGGGAGGCGUGCCAAAAACUGGCACGGUUGGCACACUGGCACGCGGCCGCGGGGAGGUGUGCCAAAAUUCCGGCACAGUUGGCACGCUGCUUGGUGGAGGGGCUGCGCGAUGAUGGCUUUUCUUACAAGGACUGCGAAAGCAGCGCCCCAGAGGUGGUCACUUGGAAGGAAUCGUGGCGCAGGCACAGAUUGGAGGUUGCAUCAGAUUUCUGCGGCAGUGCAGCCCCAGCGCGGACUGCUGACCCGGUCGAAGAUGCCAAGAAGGGGGCGGCUCGUCUCGCCCCAUGGCCGAAGCCUGGAGUGAACCCCAGGCUCCGGAGGGCGAACCAGUCCUUGGAGUGCCUGGACCAGAAGCUGGGCCAUGUCCAGAACUGGACCAAAGCGGGCCAGGCCCCGCUCUCCAAGGAGUGGAAGGAGACCAUCGGCCGGCAGCUGCGCGAGGCGGAGCGCCAGGAGCAGGAAAAUUCGGCUCGAUCCGCUUGGGGCCCCGCUGCUGGAGCUCUUGUUCGAGCUUUGUGA